AUGACAACGAGAGAACAAGCCUCUACCAAUGCCAAGUCAGAAAAAUUUCUACAACACGGCUUAGCGUCAAGGAAGGAUGACCGAGUGGUUAAGGUGUGUGACUCAAGCGAUUACUGCUUUCUUGCUUCUAAAACAGCGAGGUUUCUCAUGGGCCUAGCCCGCGGGGGAUUGCGUGACAGGAAAGCCCACUUGUCUUUGCUUUUUUGUCCGUUUGGGUACUUAGCCAGUUACUAUUAA